AUGGCCGAGGGUGACGACCUCCACUCUUUUACUUCCAUCAUGGACGCCCUCGUCCGGAUCAGCACGAGCAUAAAAAAUAUGGAGCGAGAACUGCUCUGUCCAGUCUGCAAAGAAAUGUACAAGCAACCUCUGGUUUUGCCCUGCAUGCACAAUGUUUGCCACAUUUGUGCCACCGAAGUCCUGCUGCAGCAGGGUUAUAUCUGCCCGGAUCCCACCUCGGAGCCGACCUCUCCCGCCUCCACACCAGCCACACGGAGUCCUCGUUUAGGGCGCCGCAUCGUGCCGAAACCGGAGCGCCUCGACCGCCUUCUGAAAUCGGGUUUCGGCACGUAUCCCGGCCGGAAACGGGGCGGCGCCUUACACCCGCAGAGCAUUCUUUUUCCGUGCCCGCUGUGCCAGCGCGACGUGGACCUGGGCGAGCGAGGUUUGGGCAGCCUCUUCCGGAACCUGACGUUGGAACGGGUGGUAGAGCGUUACCGCCACACCAUCAACGUCAACGCAGCCAUCAUGUGCCAGUUCUGCAAGCCGCCACAGCUGGAAGCCACCAAGGGCUGCACCGAAUGCAGGUCCAGCUUCUGCAACGAAUGCUUCAAACUUUACCACCCGUGGGGGACGCAGAAAGCGCAGCACGAACCGAUCCCUCCGACGCUCACUUUCCGCCCCAAAGGUCUUCUGUGUCCCGAACACCGCGAAGAAGUCACCCAUUACUGUAGAACCUGCCAGCGUUUGGUGUGCCAGCUGUGCCGAGUUCGUCGCACGCACACGAGCCAUAAAAUCACGCCUGUGCUCAGCGCCUACCAGGCUCUCAAGGAAAAAUUGACGAAAAGCCUAGCUUAUAUCCUGAGCAAUCAAGACACCGUGCAGGCCCAAAUCAACGAAUUAGAAGAGACUCUUCGACUCACGGAGGUAAAUGGUACCCAGGCGAAAGAAGAGAUCAUCCGGCUGAUGAACAAUUUAAGCAGCCUGCUGGAUGAGAAGCGAUCCGCUCUGCUUAACGCCAUCGAAGAUUGUCGCCAAGACCGGGUCAGUCGCCUACAGACCCAGCUGCAGGAACAUCAGGCCAUGAUGGAAAAUUCCGGAAUGGUGGGCUACUCGCAGGAAGUCUUGAAGGAAACCGACCAGCCCUGUUUCGUCCAAGCCGCCAGGCAGCUUCAUCACAGGAUCCUCAGAGCGACCGAUUCCCUCCAGGCGUUCCGGCCAGCGGCCAGCGCCUCCUUCAGCCAAUUCCAGGUGGACGUGAGCCGAGAAGUGAAGCUGCUUACCGACCUAAUUUUUAUUAAAGCCCCGGAGGCUCCUGUGAUCGACACGCAGCGGACAUACGCCUACGACCAGAUUUUCCUCUGCUGGCGCCUGCCGCAACAUUCGCCAGCUGCCUGGCACUACACGGUGGAGUUCCGGCGGGCCGAGCCCAAAGGCAAGGCGCUCAAACUGUGGCAGAGACGGGAAGAGGUCCGAGGCACCAGCGCCAUUGUGGAGUACGUAGACACGGAUAGCGUUUACGUGCUGCGCGUCCGAGGAUACAACAAAGCCGGCUUCGGAGACUACAGCGAGGAUAUCUAUCUGCGCACGCCGCCUGCACCCGUGCUGAAUUUCUUUCUGGACAAUCGGUGGGGUUUCAACCGAGAACGCCUGGCCAUUAGCAAGGACCAGCGAGCGGUCCGCAGCGUUCCCGGUCUUCCCAUGCUGUUUGCCGCCGAGCGUUUGAUGACCAGCUGCCAUCUCUCCGUUGACCUGGUGAUCGGCGACGUGGCGGUCACUCAAGGGCGCAGCUAUUGGGCCUGUUGCGUGGAUCCCAGUUCCUACCUGGUCAAGGUGGGCGUAGGGCUGGAGAGCAAGCUGCAGGAAUGGUUCCAGGUGCCCCAAGACGUGACGAGCCCCAGAUACGAUCCGGAUAGUGGGCACGACAGCGGCGCUGAGGAUACCACGUUGGAGUCAUCGCCGCCCUUCGCUUUCCUGACCAUCGGCAUGGGCAAGAUCCUCCUUUCCCACGGAGUGUCGCUGACCUCUCGGGAUCCUGGCAAUUCCACCGUGCCGUUGCCUCCCCGCGUUGGCAUUUGUCUCGACUACGAACACAGCAAAGUGACGUUCUUCGACGCCGUCUCCUUCCGCAGCCUUUGGGAGUGCGGGGUAGACUGCUCGGGGCCCGUCUGCCCGGCCUUCUGCUUCAUCGGCGGCGGCGCCUUGCACCUUCAAGAGCUGGUGGUCAGCCGUCAGGAACGGAAAGUCACCAUCAGCGGCUUCUCGAAGCUGGACUGAAUUUGCCGUCGGCCGAUUCCGAGCAUGUUUGGGGAGAGGAUCCACCAGCAGAGGGGGACCUUGAGGUUCUGAGGGAACAGGGGGGGAUGUUCUCCAGCCCCUGCUUGCAAAAAAUAAUAAUAAUAAUAAUGAAAAAAUAUCUCUAGGUAUGGGUUGACUGAGUAGAGGGUUUCGGUGGUAGGAACAGGGCAGAGCAUAUGUUGAGCAAUGCUGCCCUCUAGUGAACUUUCAACAGAUAGACUCUUUAAAUUCCCAUGGCGGCGGUACCCUCUUCCCAUAAAAAUUGACCAUCCCAGCUGUGGGGAACUAAGAGCAGCUGUUCCUCACACAGCCGCCCCACGAAGGGGGAUUUUUUUAAGACUAUCCAACAUCCUUUCUCUGUUUUGUUCUCAUCUUCUUCAACGCACCCCCUAAACUUCUGGGGGAAAUCCAGAUCUUCCCCACCUUUUCGCUCCUGUCUGGGGCAGGAAUCUCAGUUGAGAAAAGACAAACACGAUCCCCCCCAAAAAAACAACUUGUUCGGAGCAUGGCUGAGUUUGGAAUGGCUUCUAAAUGCCUUUCCCCCACACACACUCUUUGUGUUGAAAAAGAUUUUUAAAAAGAUUGUAAAACGCCAUCUUGAAACCGUCCUCUCUUCACCUUUGUCUCUUUACCCGUUAGGACAAUUGGUCCCACUGUAGUCAUCAUUUUAAAUUAAUCUCUCUUUUUUUAAAAAAGUCCCUCGUCACGCUCAAGUUUACUGCUCCUGUGAAUCGCUCUGUAACUCGUUUCCUAAUUUUGGCAGUUUCCAAUUUUUUCUUCGGCGGUUCAACUGGCGGUUGUGACACGCGGCUACCUAUAAUUGUAUCAUCUCUCAGAAACCAAGAGCAGCUGGGAAGAUAACCACGUUUUAAAAAUUUCCGACUGUUUCCUCGCCGGAGUUCGCUUCUUUCCGGAUCGACCGAGUGUCGAUUCCCGGCGCAACUGAGUGUCGAUCCCCAGCCCGAAGCUAUUGCCGAAACCCUCAAAUGAUUUCCAAGCGAGUUUUAAGUUUUGUAGCUGAAAUUUCUCGUCAGAAAACAUGGCGUGAAUUUCCCCCUAAUUCCCUAACCGGGAAUCAAAAUUACCUUUUUCUUUUUUUAAAACAACGCUAGAGUCUCUUUCCCAGAAAGUUCUUGCUCGUAAAAUUAAACACAACCAAGUCCUUGUUGUGUAUCGCUUCUUGGUUUCUUCUACCCCCAAAGUUGGUUUCACAUCCUGAGUUUUCGGUUUAGCUCGGGAUCCCUUCGAUCUUCCAACGUGGAAAAGCAGGGGUGGGUGGGAAAAAUUGACGUGUUUUUUUCCCCCCCAAAAAAACCAAGGACGCGAGAAAUUCUGCCGUAGAUAGUCUUCGAUUUACGGCAAUUCUUUUUAACGACUUUCCAAGAUAACGACAAAAAAAGGUGACUUUUGCAACUGUCCCAUUGUCCCCAUGGACGACAAGAUUAAAAAACUGGUGCGCUUGGCCAUCUAAACGACCAUUGGUGAUUGGCUGAAUGACCCGGCACCAAAAAAAAAAAGAAAGAAAAAAAGGAAGAUGCCAUUCGCUUAGCGAGGGGAAAUUCCGGUUGCCAUUAUGGUCGUAAGUCCAAUCGCUACCUGUGAUUGGACCUCGAGCAACCUUUCCCAAGCUGAACGGAGUGAAGUUUUAACAGGUGCAGAGCACAUGACGGUUCAAUGCCCAGGAGAGGUGGUUUCGGUUUGGUUUCUUGAAAAAGGAACUGUUUUGUAAGUGUUGAGAUGUUUUGUGAAAAUAUGGUGCCUGGUAGAAUAUACUCCCUCCUCUCAAAAUCCCUUCCCUAAAUUAGCCCUGUUUUCGUCAAACUUCCUUCUUGGGGCCCGGGGUUUUUUUUUUUUUUAUUAUUAUUAUUAUUUUGGUCUCGGUUCUUCCUGGCGUGCGCGACGAGCGCCAUGCUGGAUUGUGCGUCCGUGUUGUUGCGGAAUUUGUGGUCGCAAAAAGGAAACGGGAUACGAGAGGACCCCGUGAGGCUGGGAGGGGAAGCGGGCUCGGCGGAGAUUGGAGGGAUCGCCAAGGGAUCUUUCUCAGAUCCAGAGGCAGCUAUUUUUUUUUUUGCAAGGAAAGCGAGCGAACCAGCACAGGUUGUGAAUUCGAAAAAAAAACAACCCAAGAACGCCGCGACAAUCGCUGCGGGUUGUCUUCAGAAGUGCAUUGACCAAUUGGCGGACUACUCCAUCCACACACACACACACAUACACACCCUAAAGUUGUUGCUGGUUUUUUAUUUUAUUUUAAUUAGGCCUCCCCCUCCCUGCCCUCGUGAGCCCACACUGAGGACUAGAAUCUUGCUUCCUCAGGAGAGAACCACAACCAUCACCUAGAGUUGGCUCGCACCUCUUGCGCAAUCCUCGCCCUAGGUUGAAAAACGGACCUGGGUGACGGACAGAUUGCUA